UUCUUCCUUGAGAUCACUCUGAUGUCAGCAGUGUAAUUUGAGCCUGGAGCUUUUGUUCACACUUUAAAUAGCAGUCCCGGAAUGAUUUUGCUACAGACUCUCUGGAGAGCCCGGGAGCUGAAUUCCGGAAGAUCCCCACAUCGAUGAAAGCAAAGCCAAGAGACCAAGCUGUCACCAUGUCCACGUCGCUGCGAGUAAGCCCAUCCAUCCAUGGCUACCACUUCGACACAGCCUCGCGUAAGAAAGCUGUGGGCAACAUCUUUGAAAACAUCGAUCAAGAAUCACUACAGAAGCUCUUCAAAAACUCUGGGGACAAGAAAGCAGAGGAGAGAGCGAAGAUCAUUUUUGCCAUAGAUCAAGAUUUGGAAGAGAAAACACGAGCCCUGAUGGCCCUGAAGAAGAGGACGAAAGACAAGCUUUUCCAGUUUCUGAAACUGCGGAAAUAUUCCAUCAAAGUUCACUGAGGACAACAGAAUGGAUAAGGACAUUAUCCAAGAAUGGACAUUUAAAGACAAAAUGAGUUUGUGAGAACCUAAGGUGCAGCACUGUGUUGCUGCCUUGUAAGCUUCUCCUCCGUCAGGACUCCGGAGUCUGGAAAGGAACAGAACAAACUGGUUACAAAGACUCCUGCCAAUUUCACACCUGUGCUGUGACAGUGGAGAACAAAUGCUUUCAGCAAGGAUUUGAAAACUUUCCCGGCGGGAAAGGACUGAUGCUGGUGUCAGGAGAAGAGUCUGGACGGUUGUAAUGAGAACUGAAACUGAAGAAAACAGAUGGCUGAGAAAGAAUUCCAGCCAGGGUCUCUUUGUCAGGCCCUAGGACUUAAAUUUCAACCUGAACUGCUUUUCUUCCUGAACCAAACUGGGUAAGGGGAGGGAGGAGGGAGAGGGGAAACAGGGAGAGAGAAUACCGUGCUCCAAUUGUUUACUGAAUUUUUUUUAUUUGAAUGUUCAAAAUGUUGCCAAGCUUCAAUGUUGUCUAUUGGUAUAGAUGUUUAGAGAUCAGUAAUUGAUUAUUUAUUUGCAUUUAUUACAAUGCCUGAAAAGUGCACCACAUGGGUGUUAAGUACAAAGUGAAGGAGCAGCAGUACCUUCAGCAACUCAAUAAAACCAUACGCCACCUUCUGGUUUCUAAAGGGGUUUUAUGCAUUUCAGACUGGUUGCACAAAAGUUGCAAUAAUGGGGUCCUUCAGAAAUCCGAAGUACUGUGAAAAAAUUUUAUAAUUUUUUUAUCUCCUAAUUAAUGCUAAAGUAUAACCUAAUUAAAUUUCUUACAGUUACUGCAGUGAGCAUUAGGAAGUGAAUAUGAUAUACUAAAUAGUUUAUAAAGAUGUUAUGGUAUCUAUAAUUUAUUAUACAUGCAAAUGAUAUGCAACCAUAAUAAAUUAUUAUACACUUA